GGGACCUUCGCUCUAGAAUAUGUCCUGACAAGUUCAACCUCUUCCGCGACCGUCACCAAGAGCGGAUGUCAAACCAUGCCCAGUACAAACAAGAGUCGAUGGCUCUGACGGACAUGCUCAAAGACCGUUUAGACAGAAGGUUGUCCGACGCGUGUCUGUGCGAUACCUGCGUUUCGCGCUCGAAGCAGUCGCCUUGAAAAUAGUUACCAGCCAUGUACGAUCAUCCAUGGCGGCUGAUCCUUCUCAGAGUGAAGUGCUGGAGCAGCUGGAAUCGGAUCCCGCGAGCCCGCCUUGGUCAUCUUGGUGGUGGAUAGGAUCUGCAGCCUAUGUCGUGACGUUGCGGAUCUCGACUUACGUCGUCGCCGACCGAUCAGACGCUACAGUAUGUCACCACACAAGCAGCACGUCUUGGAAAUGCUGCGAAUCCAAGGCGAUCGCAUGGCUCCAUCUGACCAGCCUGCACUUGCUGCAGGACGUCCGAACAUAUUCCGUUCCGGCAGUCCGUAUCCGAAGCAUGACGUUGGACCGGCUUUUGCCGUGUCGAUUUAUUGUGGACCAUGACAUCGAGGGCUAUCCACAGAUUUCCGGCGCAAAGGCCUUCAUCAUGAGCUGCGUCAAGCAAGGAAAAGCCCGGUUGGAGGAAGGUGAAUGCGGCUCAUCUCUCCACCCUGGACUUCAAACGGAUCGACCGUUCACAAUCGCCAACGUCGCCAGAUUAUGGCAUGUAGCGGAGUCGCGACCUCUCAGUGAAUUUUUCCGAUCAGCAGCCGCUACCACUCGCCCUUCCCACCCAAUCGAGUCUUCCACUCUUCAGAACAAUACGAAGUUCGUUGUCUUGCAGCGUUCACCCGACACGAACCUUGAGUUAGCCUGCAAAGCACGGUUUUCGCCCCGGCAGAGACCAGAUUGUGAAUGUGGCAUGUUAUGGGGAUGAUUUGGGCGGUAUACAAGAACACCUUCCCAACAAGAUAUCUACUAUACCCUGGCGCGACAGCCGACUGCAAUGUGAAGAUAUCACCAUCCGUCUCAACUCAAGUAGCGACCUACAGAAGCAUAGAAUCAAUAAAUUCAAUAUCAGACAAAACAUCAGUAGACAUUUGUCCCAAGUCGAUCUCCAGACAAACCGACCAUGUUCAACUUUGGGAAUCUAUCGGGUUCAAACAUACGUAUCUACUCGAUAUGACUGAAGGAGUCUUUCGUGUACAUCGACCGAUAGUGAGAAUAUUGCUUU